AUGGAACAUCAACAACCGCAUCUCCUGCAAAAUCCCCCGAAGCGGAGGAAACUCGACCUGGGAGAGAGUCCUAGGCGACUCUCCCACGAUGACUACACCAUCGGCUGGGUGUGUGCUCUUGCCAUUGAAGCAGCGGCAGCAAUGGCCAUGCUGGAUCAGAUCCAUCCAGCCUUGCCUAUCCACGCGCGCGACAGCAAUUCGUAUACCCUCGGGUCCAUCGGCCGUCACAACAUCGUGAUCGCUUGUCUCCCCGCCGGCGUCUAUGGCACCACAUCAGCAGCCACUGUCGCCAGUAACAUGUUCAUCAGUUUUGGAUCAAUUCACCAUCUGGUUAUGGUCGGGAUCGGGGGAGGGGUGCCGUCUGCAUCGGUGGAUAUCCGGCUUGGGGAUGUCGUGGUGAGCAUUCCCACUCCCUGCUGCGAGGGCGUGGUGCAAUACGACUAUGGCAAGACCAUCAGACAAGGGCACUUCGAACGAACAGGCACUUUGAAUAAGCCGUCCACUGCCCUUCUGACAGCAGUCAGUAACCUUCGGGCGGCGGACCUCCGCAAUGGCAGCCAGAUACCCGUCCUGAUAUCUGAGAUGUUGGCGCGUAAUCCGCAGAUGGUGCAGACGUCCACGUCUCCCGGCUCUCAGAGAGACCUUCUCUUUGCUUCGGAUUACGAACAUGACCCAGCUGAACCGACCUGCGAGUCUUGCGACCGUGAAAAACUGCUUGUCCGGUCGACACGCAGCUCUGAUCGGCCAGUUGUUCAUUACGGCCUGAUCGCAUCCGGAAACCAAGUGAUAAAGCAUGCACAAACCCGCGAUUUGUUAGCAGCGGAGCUCAAUGGUAUAUUAUGUUUCGAAAUGGAAGCGGCUGGGCUGAUGGACAACUUUCCAUGUAUUGUCAUCCGAGGUGUUUCGGACUACUCAGACUCGCAUAAAAACAAGGACUGGCAGGGCUAUGCGGCUGCCACCGCGGCUGCAUAUGCAAAGCAGCUGCUUGCUACGAUCGGUGUCUGCGGCCUUGGGCCGAUCUCUGACCCUGCUGUUCCUGGGGCAAUCACGGCUGCCCAGCACCGCGCAUCGAUGAUGGAUGCUCUGCGACCUGAUCAACACGAGAGUCGGCAAGCUACCAUAAAGCCCGCACAUGCCAAAACCUGCAGAUGGCUUCUUGAGAAGCAGGAAUACGUGAACUGGAUGGACAGCAAUCGUUUCCCAGAGCACCGUGGCUUUCUUUGGAUCAAGGGAAAGGCAGGAAGUGGCAAAUCCACUAUGAUGAAAUUCGCAUUUCUACAGGCCGAUGCAACAGUGGAUGCAGACACCAAGGUAAUCUCAUUUUUCUUCAAUGCCAGAGGGGAAGAUGUGGAAAAGUCAACAUUGGGGAUGUACCGAUCCUUGUUGGCGCAAAUACUGGAAAAAGUCCCAGAACUCCAGGUACUUCUCGACGAACUUGACUUUGAGCGCUGGGACGAGGAGUAUCCUUGGUGUCAUGAGAUACUUCAGUGCACCCUCCGCCGGUCAAUCUCACAACUUGGCGGUCGUCGCGUCAUCUGUUUUGUCGAUGCCCUUGACGAAUGCGAAGAAGAACAGGUCCGCGCCAUGGUUGAAUUCAUCCAAUCCCUUGGAGAGCAUGCAAUUUCAUCAAAUGUCCACCUUCAUGUCUGCUUCUCAAGCCGUCAUUACCCCCACAUUGCUAUCGAGGAGGGGCUGGAACUGAUACUGGAGGAUCAGGAAGGUCACGCUAACGAUAUUACUCGAUACCUGCAAAGCGAGCUCAAGAUUGGGCGCAGUAAGCAAGCCGAAGAUAUCCGACGCGAAAUACAGGCGAAGGCCUCAGGGAUCUUCUUGUGGAUGGUACUUGUUGUGCGAAUCUUGAACCGCGAAUUCCAGCGCGGUCGCUUGCAUGCCCUCCGCAAGAGACUUCGUGAGACCCCGGCCAAACUCAGUGAUCUUUUCAUAGACAUACUGACCAGGGAUACUGCGAACAUGGAGGAUCUCUUACUUAGUAUUCAGUGGAUUCUAUUUGCAAGACGACCGCUCAAACGGGAGGAGUUGUACUUUGCCAUCCUUUCUGCCGAUCCCGAUAAUUUGACGGAGGCCUGGGACCCUGAAGACGUAACUGAGCAGGAUAUCGAUCGAUUCAUACUGAGCGCCUCCAAAGGACUCGCUGAGACAACUAGAUCAAAAGCAAAGACCGUUCAAUUUAUACACGAGUCCGUCCGAGAUUUUUUGCUGAAAGAGAAUGGAUUGCGCGAGCUCUGGCCUGAGCAUCAGGGGAACUUCGAGGCUUCCAGUCAUGAUCGACUGAAGCAGUGUUGCAACAACACCCUCCUUUCCGAAACUAGCAACCGCAUUGCAGACGAACAGUUUAUUGCAUCUGCUUCCAGGGAUGAGCUCAAGGCCUUACGGGGCUCUGUUUGUCGAAAGGUCCCAUUCCUACAAUACGCGGUCCACAAUGUCCUUCAACACUCUGAAGCUGCAGAGAAGGGUGGCAUCCGCCAGGGAUGCUUUCUUGGCAACUUCAAUUUCUCCCGCUGGAAGCGUUGCAGCAAUAUUCUCGAGAGGUACAAAGCCCGUCGACACACGGAAUCUGCAUGUCUUCCUUAUAUCCUUGCCAAAUAUGACCUAUCGAAUUUAAUUCUGGCAAUAUAUAAAGACAAGCCAUGUGGUUCUAUACCGAGCAGGCGUGAUCUUGACUUUCUGGUUUCCUAUGCUGUUAGGAAUGACCAUAGGGAUUUUCUCGAUUCCAUCAUCCGAAGCCAGCUGCAAGACGCUUCAGCUUCCUCUACCGCUUGUAUCGAAAUGGCGCUCCGUUACACCAUCCAAUAUGAUCGAGAAGCUAUGUUUGCGAACCUCAUAACACACAUCCAUGUUAACCUCAAUCAGCCGGAUAAAGAUGGGAAGCAGUAUCUACAUUACGUGAUCCAGUACGGCCGCGACUCCAUGUUCGACAGAAUGUUAGCUAUGCGCGAGGUUGACUUGAAUGCACCCGAUGUACACGGCGACACGCCUUUGCAUUACGCCAUUCGAUUUGAGCAACAAUAUAUCUUCACCAAACUUAUCAGAAUGGAUCGCAUAAAUUUGAGUGCUCAGAACAUGGCUAAUCAAACUUUAUUACACUGUGCUAUGCAAUAUGGACGGGAGAAGAUGUUUGAUUUACUGUUAAUGAGAGACAAUGCCGAUAUUACUGCUCAUUUAUGCUCCGCCAUCGAGCGUAACGACGAGCUUGUGUUCAAUCGACUGUUAGCAACACAGCCUGUAAAUGUGAAUACCACAAACGAAAAUGGCAAGAAGCCAAUGUUACUGGCAAUCGAACGCUCAAAUCCUGCCAUGAUCAAGUCGCUCUUGGAAAUGAGCUGCACGGAGGUACCUCUCUCCGAGCAAGGUUGGAACAGAAUGCUUCAAAGCGCAGCCUUGAAUAGAUGGGGUGAGAUUGUAGAGCUACUAGUUACCAUGGAGGACCUCUUCUCCCACUUGAAUAGUCCGUGCGCAGAAGCCGUAUUGCUCUACGCUGCAUGGAGUGGAAAUAAGGCCCUUGUGGAUAGAAUCUUAGCUACAGGGAAGUCUGAUCCAAAUGCAAAGGCCUUGGAUGGGAAGACAGCACUUGCGUACGCUGCAUAUGGAGGCUACACAGACAUUGCUAUGCAACUACUCUCGACAGAAAACAUUGAACCUGACGUCAAAGAUUGGUAUGGGAUGACACCACUGGCAUACGCUGCAUCUAGAGGUUACGAAAAUAUUGUUAUCCAGCUACUCUCGACAGAAGGAAUUAAUCCUGACUUUAAAGACAUGUUUGGAUUUACGCCCUUGUCUGAAGCCGCAGUGAAUGGUCACGAAGACGUGGUGCGUCGGUUACUUGCAAACCGAAGACCUGAUGUUCUCCCCGACGAUGUUGGGGGGCGAAAAGCACUUUUGGCGGCAAAAGCUUAUCAGCACGAUAGGAUUGUGAAGAUACUGGAGGACUGGCUAACACUUUCCCCUCAUUUCGAACCAAGAUCAACUGCAUGA